AUGGCACUUCUAUGGCCUACACUACCGCCCUUCACCUAUGCUCGGAUCAAGGGCGAAUUAGACUCUCCAACUGCUUGGCCCUUCCUGAGCACCUUCGAAGCAGCCAAGCUCAUGAACGCUAGAACCUUGAAGGGGCAAUACAUGGAACAAGGAGGAUGUGCUUCUCAGCCUUCGUUCUUCCUACCAAGAUUCGAGUGGCCAAGCGUUGACUCGUCGCAACUUACCAACGCAUUGAACGUCUCAACCAAUGACGCGGUCGACGAAAUCGGACUUAUCGCGCCCAUGCCUCCGUGGCAGGACCGUGUAUGGAUGCAAAACCAAAUCUUAUCAAGAGCCCCCAAUUGGCAGCAGCACUUGACAGACAUUCGAAAUGUCUUAGUCGAGAUUCAUCAUAAGAAACUUCUCUCUCAAGCGGGAGUAAAUAGCCUUUUAACAAUCAUGCUGUACGGCCUUGAGGGAGUCAUCAGCAAAAUCUCUUCGCCGCUACGUAUCUGCAUGUACAAGCACGGAAAUGUCUAUGUUCCAGCCUUUUAUCAAUCUCCUCCCGCUGAUCAUCAGUACGUUCCUGGGACACAACUUGUCCGCGGCAACCAUAGCGGAGGUCUCCCCUACCCGAACUGGACCUGGUUCAACAUGGCAGGAAGACGUUUUCUUCUCGGGGCUAUCCAGUUCUUCGAUGGUCAGAAUAAUAGUGGUCUCCAUUGGGCAACCAUUAUCUUUGACCGAGAGACCAGUACUCUGUAUUAUAUUGAUACACUCGGACAUGGCAGAGAGGAACGGUUCAAAGCUGCCUGUUGCUCAGUGCGAAGUUUCUGGACCCUGCAAGGUCAUCCAUUUACGUUUACUGCAAUCUGCCUGAACCUUACAUCGCAAGAAAAGCCGGGUUCAUCUGGAGUACUUGCGAUCUUCACGCUUUGGAUGAUGAUCAGAGGUUUGGUGGGUCGUGAUCUCCGCGCCAUGGAUCUGACCCAAGUGCUCCCUGUCCACCCAUACCCGCCUAUCCACAGAGCAAUGUUCGACAGCGCAUUGGGACUGCUCGCCUCGGAUUGGCAUCUUUGGAGUUCCCGCGAGAGGUCAUUGAGCCAGGCACGCGCUAUGCUAGCCGCGAUCUGCUGCAAUGAACUUGGAAUAAGAAACGGUAAAAUCCGGCUCGUCGCCGGACCUGAGGUCCCAAUCCACGGGGCCUCCCGCUUCCGCUUUCAUCUAUUCGGCAGCCCCGCAGCCUUGUACACAAUGUCCAGCGGCUUCUCGGCUCUUGGAGGCUUUUUACCCAUCGAAAUCUCGCCCAUCCAGCAGUUUCCCGCCAACUGGAGGAGAGUCUUUGAGCCGCUUUACCCGGAAUCUUUCAACUCCAGGUACUGCCCGUUUCUCUGGAAGCGUGCCGAGCCCACCUUGUCACCGGACGAGCUGCCACCUCCUCCGCAUUGGUUUCGGCGCCUUCGUACUGAUGGUGGCUACAGCGAGCUGAGGGCCGAGAACCCAUACGCUCCUACCGUGUCUCUGUUCCUUAUGCCGCCUGUGCCUAACUACAUGUAG